AUGUCAAACAAAAUGGAAGACGUCACCAAUGGCCACCAAAAUUCAUUCACCAAUUUGCCAUCUGCAAUUCGUUAACAACAAGAGAAAAACACCCAAUUUUCGAGCUCACCUGUAGGCUGUAAGCAUCGAAGUGAGCAAUUGUAUUGGCGAUUUCCUCGAGAAUUUCUUCAAUUCGAGCUUCUAUUUCCAUUUCCGCGCUUUGGAGGCCAAAUUCAUAGAGGAUUUCCUUCUUUCAUACGCAAUGGAUUCAGCUACUUUAACCAUGUCAUCAUCCGUCAUUUUGCGUAAUUCAUCGCAGAAAUUACUUGCCAAUAGAAAGAUUCAACCCGGGUUGUGUUUCGCAAGGAACAAGUUCUCCAAGAUCUCCGCGGUUUAUCCCAAUGGCUCUGCUUCUGGGCAGGGGGAUUCUUCACCUGCAGAUGUUCAUAGACGACGAAGUUCUUUUGAAUCUUUGUUUUGCUAUGACAAGGCUAUCCCAGAGGAAAGAAUUGAGACGCCUGUUGGAAUAUCUCUGGCAGAGAGAAUGAUUGGAGACAAUCCCCGUUGCACUGAUUGUCAUGCCAAAGGUGUCGUCCUUUGCGCAACUUGCUCUGGUUCAGGCUUGUAUGUCGACUCAAUAUUGGAGAGCCAGGGAAUAAUUGUGAAAGUUCGUUGCCUGGGUUGUGGUGGAACUGGCAAUAUCAUGUGUUCAGAAUGCGGUGGUCGAGGUCACCUGGGAUCUAAAUGAGUUGCAAAGACUCCUUUUGGAAGGAUUCGUAUUGAACUGUCCCCAGCUGUAAUAUUGGGCAUGGAUUAUGUAUUGAUGAUGAGAUAUAUUGAUCUUGUAAUUUAGUGAAGAUUGCUAGAGUUCAUUUUUCAUUUAGGCACUUUGUGGGAUAUUCUUACCAUAGUGUUCGGUUCAAUUUUGAUUUAGUUCAAAUUAACUUCCCGUGUUCCCUUCCCGCAACAUUUAUACUUGCAAGUCAAAUCAACAUGGCUUCUUUCUGAACAGAAAGUUGUGGAAUGUAUGAACUAUAAUGUCAGAAAUACAUAAACUGCAAGCUUUCACAA